AACGAAUGUUUAUUUUUCUCUAGUUCUGAUCUUCUUGCUGAGCUGCUCUACAGAUCCAGUCUCUCCAGCUGCUCUGACUGUGAGUCCCAGCAGAUCUCAGUUCUUUGAAGGAGAAUCAGUGACUCUGAUCUGUGAGGAUGAAAACAGCUCUGAUGGAGGAACUGUGAGGAGAAACACAACCAGAGGAACCAGGAAGCGAUGUGGAGAUGGAUGGGGGAGAUCAGCUGGUUCUACCUGUGAAAUCGGCUAUUUGUACCCAUCAGACUCUGGCCUGUACUGGUGUGAGUCCAUGUCUGGAUCCUCCAGCAGCAGCAGCAUCCAGCUCUCUGUCUCUGGUGGAUCAGUGAUCCUGCAGAGUCCUGUCCUCCCUGUGAUGGAGGGAGAUGACGUCACUCUGAGCUGCAGAGCAAAGAGUCCAGCCCACAACCUCCCAGCUGCUUUCUAUAAAGAUGGCUCCUUCAUUGGUCAUGGAACUACUGGUAACCUGACCCUAAACCCAGUGAGGAGAUCUGAUGAAGGCCUCUAUAAGUGCAGCAUCAGCGGUCAGGGAGAGUCUCCAUCCAGCAGGAUCUCUGUGGAAGAUAAACUUAAAGUAGCCCUUCCCACCUCCAAAGCUCCGCCUCCUGCAUCAGACCCCGUGCAGCUCGUGUUCACAGUGACGCGCCGCCUGCUGGUCUUCUGUCCAUACCUCAUCUCUACGCUCCUCUUUGUGUCUUUUUAUCAGCACAGAUCCCAAGGAUGAAACUAUUGUCUCCAGGAGAAAGCAAGGAUUUCAAAGUGUCUCCAAAGAACCAUGACACCAUCAAUUUUCUUUUAUUAUUAUUAUUAUUUGUAUUCUCACCAUAUUCACUUCACUGAGCCACCUGAUAUCUCAGUAAUAAAUAACAGCAUAGAUGAGUGUCAUGAUUUUGAAGAUGAGUAGAAACCAAAUGCAACAGGCAGAUUCAACAAAUUAAUGAAGACAUUCAACAAAUAAAAACUUAAACUGGGAUUUUCCGGAUAUUUUAUGCCUUCCUUAGUUUUCACAAAACAUGUAACAUAAGUUACCAUGGAGAUUUACUCUGUGCAGCCAGCCUGCUCCAGACCAGCCUAACUUUUCUGUUUGUUUUGGUAUUUUUUUUAUCACCCUGCAUUAAAAUGCCACUGAUCAAUCUUGGUAUAGUUAUCUAAACAUGAUGGUAGAAUAUAUGAUCAAUAUGUGGGUAUUAUUCCUGUUUGCUUGUGUUUCGUUAGACCGCUGAUCUAGUUUGACAGAAAGGCCUUUAAUAGACCACUUCAGUGAUGAGGGGAUUAGACUAAUGGGUCAUAAAGUAAUAAAUGUACAGAAUAGUAAACAAAUCAAGAUAUAUAAGUUAUGUUUAAACAAAUGCACAACUUCAGUCACAUAAACAUACCUCGUCUGUAUGAAAGGGUCUGAUAAUAAGAUAAAUUUUAUAAAUUUUGUUACAAUUUUUUGUCUUUACCAUUAAGAUGCCUUUCUGCCAACAGCUGGACAGGAAAUUUCCCUUCAAAAUAAAAGCAUCAAAACUCAAACAGGAAGUUUAUUAUCAGGUUCAAACAAUUUAAAGCACUUUGACACAAACACAAAGAAGAGAGAGACAAGUGAUUAGAUUUACUCAUGAGGAGAGAACCAUCAGUUACAGUCUCCACCUCGCUCUGAGGCUCUCACCCCCCGCUGCACCU